AUGGCAGACAUUAACACACUUGCUACGCAGUUUGUUAAUUUCUAUUACGACACUUUUGAUAGUAACAGAAGUAACUUGCAAGGUCUUUAUAGAGACAAUUCUAUGCUUACCUUUGAAGGUACCCCAGUUCAAGGUGCUGCUGCUAUUACCGAAAAGUUGACUACUCUUCCUUUCCAACGUGUUCAACACAAGGUUACCACUAUCGACGUUCAACCCUCUGGCCCCAAUAACUCUUUAAUCGUUACCGUCAGUGGCAUGUUGGUCGUUGAUGAUAGCCCCAAUCCCUUAAUGUUCUUCCAAACUUUCCAGUUGAUUUCUGAGAACAACGCUUACUAUGUGCUCAACGACAUCUUCCGUUUGAACUAUGGAUAA